AUCGUCGUUAUCAACCACUUUGUAAACUAAGAUGGAGGACAAGGGGGAAUGAUAUGACAUUCUGGGAUUGGUACACAUGAAAUAGCAUGGAGAUUUUAUCGGAUGACAACGCUUCCGAAUCCCGCUUCCCCCUGAAGAAACCUCUUCCUCCGAUAGGCGGCGGCGGGGAUAACGAGGAAAUUGAACUCCCGAACUCUGACUCAGAAACCGAGGACGAACAAAUCAACUCCAAAGACGAGGAUGAACGGUCCACUGCUUCAAAUGCCUCUUCAACAGCCAGACAGAAACAAGGAAGUGGAAAAUCUAGACCAGCUGUGCUAAGAGGGUUCCGUAGGGAGGCUCCAUCAGAACCUGAGUCAGGGACCGAAAAAAGUUCUGGAGACGGAACACCUACUGGAAGAAAGUCUAGAUCCAGAAAGACAGAGGUUAUGAAAAAGAAAACUUAUGAUGGCCGUGAAGUCACUUUUAUCACAGAAAAUACUCAGACUGACUGGGAUUGGUUAGAAGAGGCGGAAAAGUCUGGAAAGGCUCGUCUUCUGGGGCCGAGAGAUAAGAAGGAUAAUAAACAAAAGAAAGACUCUUGUUCCACUCCGACUAAAUCCGACUCCAAAGGUAAAAAAGAGGAUUCUAAAACUGACAUCCCCGUUGUUCAGGAAGAGCCCUCUGGCCCCUCCCCCUAUCCAAUCAAUGACGAGUUUGGUGUUCCUAUGCUGGAGCUGAGCAGUGACUCCGAUACGAGUUCAGAUGAAGAGGAAUAUACAGGGAGGAAAGUGCAGGAUGAUCGCACUUUCAUGCCUAGCAUCGGUCCACCGCAAAUCCUGCAGUACAACAGAGAGUCAGAAAAGAAGGAAAUCGAGGUCAGUGAGCCAUCUGAGCGUGCUCAAGAUGAAGACGAAGCAGAAACAGACGAGCAGGGUCGCAUUCACGGUAUGUUUGGGGGCACAUGCGAGUUCUGCGGCCAUGCUGUCCAGCCAUGGCCGACUCUUGAGCAGCAGCAGACGGUCCCUCCGGAUCAGCUGUACUGCUGUAAUGAGUACCGUGAGUUUGUGGAGUACACCACUGAACAGGCCCAGGCGAUGGAGACUCAGCACCUGAACGCAACCAAGAAAAUCAGCAUCUCCAGCCAUCCGCACUACGGAAGCUCCAAGGAGGAUAGGAAGGUGGCUAAAGAAAGAGCCCUGCAGAGGAUGAGAGAAAAAGAAAUGCAGAGGAAACAACAAGAGGCUUCUGGGUUCCAGCAACAGUCCAAUUUCUAUUCUUCUGUUAGACCAAAUUUUCGAAGACAAGGCCUGAAUGCACAGAAUAUGUACAAAGAUCUGGACAGCCAAUCCCCACCGCCGCCUUUACCGAACAUAGAUGAAACUUUUGAUUCACCUGGUAAAACUCCCACCAAAUCUGGGUUAAGCUUCCAUAAAUCUAGGUCCACAAGCAGUUUUAUUCUGUCGGCACCUCAUUCUGGUGCUAGCCGACAGGCGGAAAAGUCGGAAAAAAUACUGACCUACGCAGAACUCCGAAAUCCCGAAAGUCGGUCAGGGCUGGCAGUUGCCCAGAAGAUGAAAACAAUAAACUACCAGCUCUCCUCCCAGAAAUGUCUGGAGGAGGGAUGGACAGUCAGGCCCCCCAGUCCCCUCACUGCAGACGAAGGGGACGACGCCUUCAUACCGGAGCCCCUCAACAUUGACCUCAUCAGGAGCGGAAGGCUGGGAUUGGUGGAGAAGUUUUAUGAAAGUGGACAGAAGUUCCUGACUAUGUUCCCAGAUGGAACAGGAAAUAUAUUUUACCCAUCAGGUAGUCUGGCCAUUGCUAUCAGCUCUGUACAGAUAGGACAGUUUAAUUAUGUGGUACACGCAGAGAUGGAGAAGUCCAGUGUACUGGCAGUGUUUGAACCCAACGGAUACGCUUCUUGUUAUCACCCUAAUGGAGUAGUCAGACUGUGCAUGGACCAGUUGGGAGGGAUUGAGCUGGACGACUCUGGAGCCAAGAGGAGGAAGUGGUUAUGGAAGGAUCAGGUCACUCAUGUACACGCCCCUCCAUUCCAACCAAUCCACUUCAGUCUGAAUCAAUACAUCGGGGUCAGGAUCCUCUCCCAGGAGAGAAUGGUCCUGGACUUCAGUUGUGGAGACAGAGGAAAGAGAUUCAAUGUGGGGUCAAGGCUCAAGCUAAACCAUGUUGAAAAGAUUCCACCAAAAGAAAUUGAUGAAAACCAUUUGUAUUUGGAGGAGCAGAAAAUCAGAGUAGAGAAAAUGCUUGACAAAGUAGCCACAUUGUUGAAAUUUCCCAAGUCUCCCAAGAUAGACAAAAUAUUACCUCCCCUUCAUGUGACCUCAAAAGCCCUGAAGACUGAACGCCUGAGGCAAGAGAGAGCCAAUCAGAUAGCAUCACAAGAAGCAAAGAAGACCAAGCAGGCUCCAAUCCCUGCCCUUAGUUAAAGGCUGUGCAUUUCAUUGUAUUCCAUAUCUGUGUUCAUUUGUGUUAUAAAUGGAUUGUAAGGAUAUAAGUUUUGGAAUUGAAGAAGUGAUUUUAUCUCUGUAUAUCAAGUCUGGUGGAAUAAGUGUUUUGUGUAGAACAUAUUUUUAUAUUCUUUGCAAGUUUGAAUGGCAAUAUAGUUAUAUGUAUACAUUGGUACUUAUACAUAGACUGAAGCACACACGCUGCCAAAUCUUGCUGCUUUUAUGUACUCUGCAGCAAUUAAUUGUAGUUUUUUUCUUCAAAUUAGUCAGCCUAUAGUUCACUGUGCUUUUGUGCUGUUCACGUUUUACGCUUGUACAUGUAGCUCAACAUAGAUUUCGUCUCCUAGUCACAUAUGCUUUUUUUGUCUUUUUUCUUCAAUCCGUGAUCAUACAUCAAUAGAUAUUUUUUUCCGAUAUUUUGCACAUUUUGUUUGUACACAUCUGUAUAUGGAUGUAGUUCUCCUCUGUGAUAUUGACAUAUAUUUAUGGUUUGUUAUUUGUUACCCUUCAUAUCUAUUGUUCCCGUUUUAUUUUUUUUUUUGGUCUGAAAGGCUUCCGGAAAGAUGGUGUGAAUGGUCUUUGAAUACUAGUAUGUCUACUCCCUUUGUUGUUGUUAAAAAUACAGGUCACAUAUCAUUCUACACAUAGUAGGGAUUUGGUAUUUGUCACAAUGAUUAUUAUUUUAAUACAUGUACUUUACAUCAAUAAAUGGCUGAUUUAGGAUUCAUGUAUUACACUAUGCACAUACCUACUGCUGAACACCUUGCAUUAUCUUUGUGGAAUAUACUGCUGAAUUAGUUUUACGUAGACAAAUAUAUUUUUGGAUAAAUACAUUUAUGGAGCUGAUCAAAUAUUACACACCGUAUUAUAUUGCUAAUGCUGGUUGUGCUUUAUUAUGUCUGGAGAAUGUUUAUAAAUUCUUAGUACAAGUUAUUGAAAAGAGCUUAUUCUUUUUAUGGAUAUAUAUUUAGUUUAUUUGGUUAAGAAGUGUUUUUUUGCAUAUCAAAAUUUAAUGUAUAAACAUGAUUAAAGUCGUUGAAAUCCUUUUUUGUCUUUUUCAUGUUAUUACUGUAAUAAGCAAGCUGUACAGAUCAUGGUCUUUGCGUACCGGUACACUGAUCAUGAUUUUCAUAGUUUUGUCCAAUUUUAGCACAUAUCAGCAUUUAUAGUGUAUAAGAACAUUGUCACAACUGGCUUCAAUUAUGUUCUUAGUCCUAGAGCACAGACCAUAAAAAAUCCAGUCAUUCUUGCUUCUCUUUAUAUCUCUUGUGUAUUAUCUAUUAUGGAGUAAGUCAUUAGACUUAUUACUAAUGGGUAACAGCAAAUUUUGAUAAGAUUUCAAUGAAUUAUGCUCAUAAAGUGAUAAUAUGCAUGGGGUAUUAAAUUUAAUAAGGCUAUCUUUCAGAACUUGGAAAUGGCCAUUUGAGAGAGCUAGUACUACUGAUAUGUAGAAGAAGACAACAUUUACAAAAUCACAGAUCUAUCUUGCUAAUAUCAUCACAUGUUGGCAUCAUGGAAAAAAAAAAAGAAGAAUAAUUGCACACAAGUAAUUUGAAACAAAAUUAAUCAAAAAAACAAACCACAAAUGAUCAGUUUAAAAAAAAAUAAUUUAUUUACAAUAUAAUCUUGAAGUAUAGAACAUUUCAUUAUAUUGAUGGAAGUUAAAACUGUCUAACUUUUACUUCUGAGGGUGCUCUAAAAUUCAUUGAAGUUUCAUGCUGAAGAUACAAGUUGGUAUCUAUCCCUCAAGUGGCAGCAGAAAAAGUUCUAUAAAUCACUGGUACAUGCAGUUAUAACAAGACGUGUAAUACAGGAACAUGUAAUAGUGUUUGUUUAACAUGUGCGAUAAAAACGUCAACAAAAGAAAUAACAAUGUGCAGUAGUGCAAGAAACAAGUA